GAAUACUCCAGUUGCUGGAGGAACUCAGUGCCAGCAGAAGGUUUGGGGGAGAAGCCAGGAGCCUCAGAGAAAUGCAGCCAUUUAUUACUGAGCUUCAUGUUUUCAGCAACCCGGGUGGAGGGUAGAAACACACAGGCACCGCGCAGAAUCCCCACCCCCUCCCACAGAGCGUGAAGCCAACCAGCUCCGUCCGUGCAGGCCGGAGGUCACAGGUCACUGAGCUGAGAGGCAGCCCCACUGCUCAUCUAUUACAAGCAAAAUAAUAAUGAGUGCAGGGCAGAUUGGAGACCAGAAUCCUGAAGAUGAUUCCUGUGAAGCUCUACACAGCCCCAGGAGCAGCCUUGUGAGGUACUCUGAUGAAUCAUUCGCAACUUACACUGGUGAAAACAAGAAGAGUCAUCAAUCCUACAGUCAGUCUUUUGAAUCCUAUCAGUCUUUCGAUGAGGACUUGGAGCCAGGAACAGGAUCAGAAAUCUCUGCAAUCAAAUAUGACCUGGAAUUUAUGUCGCCUGAGAUUGUCAAAGCAGAAACAAAAGAAGAAUUUUCACAUUGUGAGGACUCUGAAGGCAUUCUAGCAAGAGAAAAACUUAUAGAAAAGUUCCUUGAGGUACUGAACUGUAACAGAUUUGUUUCUACUCCAUAUCAUCAAAAGGGAAAAUACACAGUGUCCCGCAGAGAGGCAGUACAGACACUCCAAUUAGAAUCAGAACCUGCACAAAAGUACUGCAGUAUAAAGAUUGAUCAAAUUCAACGACAACUUCGACAGAAGCAACCAAAACCUGAGAAAUAUGGGAGGCAACAAUUGAACCAACCGAAGGGGAGAAAAACGACUUCUCAGGAGAGCUAUGUGGUACCCCAGCACCUGAUAAAUCAGGUGCGACUCAAAUACAUCACAGAGACAGUCAAACAGGUUGUUGAGACAAACAUGCAUCAGCCCUCCCGAUGUGUUGACUGCUUCAAAAAGAUCAGUGAACUAGCAGAACACAAUUUCCUCCGUAUCAAGAAGAUACAAUUGGAAGAAGCUUCUAUGCAAGAAAAAAUCGAGGAUCACAUUUAUACCAAGGAUGCACUUACAUUGAUUGGAGAAAUACACAAUAGCCUUCCAAAGUAUUCCGAUGCUGCUUCUCUGGUGUGGAGGAGAUUAUUUGCUAAACUAAGUCCAAGAUAAUGAUGUAAUGAAAAGCCCUUUGAAAGCAAGAAAAUCUUCGGAAACUGGGCCACAAGAUAUAAUAAUAAGUGGUUACGGCACGUUUGCAGCUUCCCUGACUUCAAAGACUCUAAUAACCACCUAACCAAAGUUGUCUUUUCAAGAUACUUCAUUAAAUAAAGGUUGUUGAACAUG